UCUCUCUCCCAAAGAAACCUCUCUCCCUGUUCUCCUCUCCGCGAGCCUCAAUUCUGGCCUCCGCCCAAGUCCUCGAAGGGAACCCGUAAACCCGAUAUCCGAAUUUCUCCCAAUACUGCAGGGAGGAGUCCCGCCUCUUGAUUCCAAGAAGAUAAAUAUCCAGAAGCUAAAUGCGGAUAUUUCUCCUUACAGAGCAGGGAUUAGUCUCUGCGGUGAGGCUGCUGAGGAUUGAGCAAGGUGGCGCCUUUGCGGACCUUUUGAAUGAGAAGGGGAGGAAAGCUGCCGAGAAUGAGAUGAGUUAUGUCGAGAGGACACUUGUGUUUCGCACACGGUAUCUGGAUAACCGAGAUAUUAGACUGGCAUUGCUAAAGAGUUCAUGUGACAGAUGUUGUUGGAGGAACUGUUCGUUGGAGAUGCUACCUUGAUCAUCUUAUCAUGUCUCUCUGUAACAAGGAGAGAAUGUUUACAGACAUGGAACCACUUCUACUGCAACUCUGCAAAUACUCCGUGUUGGGUUCUUUGUGAUCUUGAAGCUAGGCAUGCCGCCAUAUGCUAUUGUUGAUGAGAAUGUAAAACUUGCAAAAGCUGCUCUAAGGCCUGGUGCAGGGAAUUUAGUAAAUGCAGUUUGACGGAAGCUUGUCUCACUGAAGGAAAAAGAUUCACUUCCCCUACCAAAUCUAGAAGGAGAUGAUCGUGCACAAGCACAUGCUCUUGCUGUUAUUCAUUCCCAUCCAGUUUGGAUGGUUAGAAGAUGGACAAAAUUUCCGGGGCAAGAAGAAGCUGUGAGACUAAUGAACUGGAACAACAGUGAUCCAUGUUUCAGCCUAAGAGUGAACACUGCGAAAGGCUUUAAGAGGGUUGAUCUUGUUAACCGACUGGAAGAUUUGAAGGUUCCAUAUGAGCUGUCUUCAUGCAUGGACAAUUUUGUUCGCAUCCAUAUUGGCAUGCUGAUUGUAAUACAAGCUGGCUUGCUGAAAGACAGAAUAUGUUCGGUUCAGGAUGAGAGUGCUGGUCUGGUGGUGUCUGUGGUAGACCGACAACCAGGAGAAAAGACUCUUUUCAUGGCAUCAUGUCUGAGAGGCCAAGGUACAGUAAUGGCAAUUGACAUAAAUAGAGGUAUCUUAAGGAUUCUCAAAGAGGCAUGCAAGUUACUCAAUGUCACUAAUGUGGUCACUGCAAACCAUGCUGACCUUCGAUUAUAUGCUGAAAAGCAUAAUGUAAAGGUUGACAAAGUCCUUCUGGAUGCUUCCUGCUCUGGAACAGGUGUUAUUUCCAAGCUUCCAUCUUCCAUGUUGGUGAAGCUUGCUGGGAUACUCGUGUACAGUACUUGCUUCAUUGAUCCUGAAGAAAAUGAGGAGAGGAUUACAGCAUUUCUUCUGAGGCAUCUGGAAUUUGUUGCACAUCCCAUACAUGCAUGUGUGCCUCCAGAUUUUGUUACAGACAAAGUUUUCUUUUUCUCAAAUCCAGUCAAGCAUAGUAUGGAUGGGUCAUUUGCAGCUCGGCUGGUUCGAUCCUCGGACUACCCAUACUAAGCACCAUAAAAGCGAAAUUUUCCAGCAUUUCCCAAAUCAUCAUGCUUUGGGAGGAUAAAUGUGCUUAAUUAUUGGAGUGGAGACAGAACAAAAAGCUACCAGGUAUCGACCUUUUCCGGUGAGUAAUACCCCAUCAAGGUCAAGCAUGAGUUCUUUGCCCAAAUAAUAUUAAAUUUUUUUUUUUACAAAACUAAUACACCUUUCAAUUUAUUUACAGGAAUGAAACGUCAUUUCAAAUGAUGUUUUUUUUUAUAGAAAACAUCAUUUUAAAUAAUGUUUCUUCGCUUCACGUCAUCUCCUCUCCUCAUCCCUCAUGGAAUCAAAAGAUUCAAAAAAAAAUCGUCAUUUAUAAUAAUGCUUUUGAAAGAGCUAUUUCAAAUGGCGUUUUUAAAAGCAUCAUUUCAAAUAGCGUUUUUGGAAGUACCAUUUAAAAUGGUAUUUUCAAAGAUGUCAUUUUUUGGUUACACCCCCUUUUAAAUUUUUUAUCCACGGUAAUUUUUAAAAAAAUUACUAAAAUAAUAUCGUGCUCAAACUAUUUGCGAAAUUACUGUUUAGAAGAAAGUCGCAAGGGUGACUUUCUUUUUGCCAACUCACCAACCUAAUCGCCAGUUGGGGAUCAGGUGGAAGAGAAAAAUGAGUCAUCCUUUGAUAAGGCGGCUUUAUAAGUCGUUUUAUCAUAGGGUGAUACUCCUCUUUUCUGGAUGACUCUCUUUAUUUUUUAUGUCUUUCUUUCUCUCUGUAAAUAAUAUUUUUUAUUUUAAGUUAAUGUCAUUAAUUUUAAAAUAUAAAUGUAAAUAAGCAAAUAUCUCCUAUUUGGAAUCAAUUAAAAUAUCAGAAAAAUUAAAAUUCUUAAGAAUAAGAAGUCAAAACUUGGAUCUUAGUUUAAAUUUUUUUCAAACUCGAAACUUUUAAAACUUUUCUUCUUCAAAAACGAAUAGGUUAAAGGGUCUCAAAAUUCAUUAAAAAUUAUUUUGUGACUCACUAAUAUCCAAGAAUCAAUUAUCGUAAAUUUUGAUUUCAAAAAAAUAUAUAUUUUAUAUAUGGAAUAUAGCCUUCCAUAUAAGUGUUAGUUUUCUGAUUUAAAAAUUUUUUAGGAUCCGCAACGGCAGAUAGUUACAAAUUGUGCCUAACUGGCUUUAACAAUUUUUGACAAGAUAAGUUUAAUUCAAAGUAGUUUAUAAUUCAACCUCUGAUUCAAAGUAGUUUGAAUUAAAUUUACUUUGCCAAAAUUUGUUGAAGCCAGUUGGAUACAAUUUGUGACUAUCUGCCGUUACAGAUCCUGAAAAUUUUUUAAGUCAGGAAGCUGGUACCUAUAUGGAGGGCUAUAUAAAAUAUAUAUUUUCUUGAAACCAAAAUUGACGGUAAUUGAUCCUUGAAUGUUAGUAAGUCACAAAAUGAUUUUUAAUGAAUUUUGAGAUCCUUUAACCUAUUCAUUUUGAAGAAAGAAAGUUUUAAAAGUUUCGGAUUUAGAAAAAAUUUGAAUUAAAAUUCAAAUUUUGACUUGUUAUUCUUAAAGAUUUUA